AUGACUGAGAAUCAGACAUGGGUCCCGGAGUUUGUUCUUCUGGGAUUUCCAGUCAGCGCCAGGACAAAGCUUUUCCUCUUUGGCCUCUUCUCGUUGUGCUACAUGUUCACUCUGUUUGGGAAUGGCAUCAUCCUGGGGCUGAUCUGGCUGGAUCUUAAGCUUCACAGCCCCAUGUACUUCUUCCUCUCACAUCUGGCCAUUGUUGAUAUUUCAUAUGCAUCCAACAAUGUCCCCAAGAUGUUGGCAAACCUUCUGAACAAGAGAGAAACAAUUUCCUUUGCUCCGUGCAUAAUGCAGACCUUUCUGUACCUGGCUUUUGCUCAUGCUGAGUGUCUCAUGCUGGUGGUCAUGUCCUAUGAUCGGUAUGUGGCCAUCUGCCAUCCCCUGCAAUACUCUAUCAUCAUGAGCUGGAGAGUGUGUACCACUCUGGCUGUCACUUCCUGGACUUGGGCCUUCCUCCUGGCUCUGGUCCAUGUCAUUCUCAUCGUGAGGCUGCCCUUCUGUGGGCCUCAUGAAAUCAACCACUUCUUCUGUGAAAUCCUCUCAGUGCUCAAGCUGGCCUGUGCUGACAUCAGGCUCAAUCUAUUGGUCAUCUUUGCAGCCUGUGUGUUCAUCCUGGUGGGUCCCCUGAGCCUGGUGCUGGUCUCCUACAUGCGUAUCCUGCUGGCCAUCCUGCGGAUUGGGUCAGGGGAAGGCCGCAGGAAGGCCUUCUCCACUUGCUCCUCCCACCUCUGCGUGGUGGGGCUCUUCUUUGGCAGCGCCAUGGUCAUGUACAUGGCCCCCAAGUCCAGCCACCCCGAGGAGCAGCAGAAGAUCCUUUCACUGUUCUACAGUCUUUUCAACCCCAUGCUGAACCCCCUGAUCUACAGCCUGAGGAAUGCCGAGGUCAAAGGGGCCCUAAAAAGGGUGGUGUGGAAGCAGAGAUCAAGGUGA